CACAGCUGUGCCACCUGCAUGAGGGUUUUUGACCUGGCAUGCUGAAUAGCAAACACUUUCUCUUGGUGACUGAAGCAAUGGGAGCUGUGUGGACAUUGCUGUUUUGUCUGCUGACUGUUUGGCUCGUCAAAGGCUCUUGUUUGCCAGUUGAUGGCACAAAUGAAGGACUUGAUGUGCUGCAGAGGAGAAUAAGAGAUGUGUCUCCCAAUGAUAUCUCCAUAAAGAAGGCCCUUGCACUUCUCGAGUCAAUGGAGACCAUGUUGGAGCAUAAUGCUAAAGAAGUACAACUGGAAACCAAUGAAGUGGAAGCUGAGGCAUCAGUCGGUCACCUGAAACUUGUACAACAGACUGGCCCAAAAGAGCUCAAAACUCAGAAAGAUGACUACAGUUCACACAUGGCAAACGGCAGCAUGACUCCACCAGCCAGCUACCACCACAACAAUGUAACUGUAGCCAACAGCUUGAGGAGCAACAACGUGACUGCGGCUAGUGACCAGGAAAGCGGCAACGUGACUGCGGCCAGUGACCAGGAGAGCGGCAACGUGACUGCGGCCAGUGACCAGGAAAGCGGCAACGUGACUGUGGCCAGCGACCAAGAGAGCGACAACGUGACUGUGGCCAGCGACCAGGAAAGCGGCAACGUGACUGCAGCCAGUGACCAGGAGAGCGGCAAUGUGACUGCAGCCAGUGACCAGGAGAGCGGCAACGUGACUGCGGCCAGCGACCAAGAAAGUGGCAACGUGACUGCGGCCAGUGACCAGGAAAGCGGCAACGUGACUGCGGCCAGCGACCAGGAAAGCGGCAACGUGACUGCGGCCAGCGACCAGGAAAGCGGCAACGUGACUGCGGCCAAUGACAAUGGAGCUGUUGAUGAAGUCACAGAGAUGGGACCUGACCAUGGCAACAGCAGCAACGUGACAGAGGCCAGCGAUGAUGGAGCUGUUAAUGAAGCCGCAGAGAUGGGACCUGAAAGUGGCGCAGCUGUGACAAAAAUGAGCAGAGUCGGAGCUAAAACUCCAAAACUGAUCACGAACUCGCACGGUCAUGGAGAGCCCAAGUUAAAGUAGGGAAUACAUGUGAGGAACCAUGCAAGAGCUCAUUCUGAACGCAAGAUGUUUCAUUCUGCAUGUACCUGCUUUUAUCUCUCUGCUUUAAAUAAAACCCUAAACUGA